CGGUAAGAAUCAUCAUCAUUGCAUAUAAUAAUCGAAAAAGUCAAAAUUCUUUCCAAAAAAAUAAAAAUAAAAGUCAAAUUUAAAAGGCUUAGCUUUUGAGGAGAGAUUACAGAUAAAACCAAACCAACAACUACCCUUCAAAAUUAAAGGUCAAAGCUUAAUUUUCAUUCUCCCUCAAUCUCUAAUGGCGGCCGCUAAUACUAAUACUACUACGACUAGUACUUAAUUAGCUGCUGCUUAUGCUUAUGCUUAUGCUUCUGCUUACAUAUUUUCUAUCAAUUUCUAGUUGAACGAAAAAACAAAUCAAUAAAAAUGGCAAGUAAAUGGAGGAAGGCAAAGCAGGCACUAGGAUUGAAUCUGUGCUACCAUGUCCCGAAAACAAUGGUAGAUGACGACGACGAAUCUCCGCCGAUGAGCGAGAGAGUUUCCGAUGCGGCGUUGCUUUCUCGACCGAUUACGGCGGCGGCGGCGGCGGCGGCUGCUUCUGGCCGGUUGUCCAAAAGCUUCAGCAGGAAGCACUCUUCCGAGAAGACCUGUUCAAUAUGCUUGGCCACAAUGAGGCCUGGAAAAGGUGCCAUAUUCACUGCUGAGUGCUCGCAUUCCUUCCAUUUCCGUUGCGUCACAUCAAAUGUGAAGCAUGGUAACCAGAUAUGCCCAAUUUGCAGGGCAAAGUGGAAGGAGAUUCCCUUGGAAAACCCAGAUCUUUCUCAAAGGGAUGGACCUCUGCAGAACAAUGCUGUGAUGACUGUGAUUCGUAGAUUACCUUCUACUCCGCGAAACUCCAACCGCCACGUUGUUCCACUCUUUUAUGCUGCUGAACCUGCCGUAUUUGAUGAUGACGAGCCUUUAAAUCGAGGUGAAGUUUCCCAGAAUGCUGCUUCAGAUGCUGAUGGUAAUUUGUCAAAAAUCAUAGGCAUCAGAGCCUACCCAGAAGUCUCGUCUGUUCCACGUAGUAAAAGUUGUCACGAAUUCACCGUUUUGAUAAAUCUCAAAGCAGCAGUUACUAAUUCAACACAAAACUCCAGUACAGACAACCUAGGCUUGCCCCGUACUCCAGUUGACCUUGUGACAGUGCUGGACAUCAGUGGCAGUAUGGCAGGUACAAAACUCGCACUUCUAAAACGAGCCAUGGGGUUUGUAAUACAUAACAUGAGCUCCAACGACAGGCUAUCCGUUGUCACUUUCUCCUCCACCGCUCGACGUCUCUUCCCACUCCGCCGAAUGUCUGAAAGUGGAAGACAGCAAGCGUUGCUAGCUGUCAAUUCCUUGGUAGCAAAUGGCGGAACCAAUAUUGCUGAAGGACUCAGGAAAGGUGCAAAAGUAAUGGAAGAACGAAGAGAAAAGAAGAACACAGUUGCUAGUGUAAUUUUAUUGUCUGACGGACAGGACACUUACACUGUUGACAGAUCUGGAGGAAAUAAAACUGCACCAAAUAAUUACCAGUCUCUUCUCCCUUCAUCAAUCCAAGAUAGCAAAAGAUUAGGUUUCCAGAUUCCUGUCCAUACUUUUGGGUUUGGCAUAGAUCACGAUUCUAUCUUAAUGCACUCAAUUUCAGAAAUGUCUGGUGGUACAUUUUCUUUCAUUGAGACCGAGGCAGCUAUCCAAGACGCGUUUGCUCAAUGCAUAGGUGGUCUUCUUAGUGUUGUCGUACAGAAUCUGGUAGUCGAGAUUGAAUGUAUACAUCCUAGUAUUAAGCUUCAAUCAGUAAAAGCCGGGAGUUACCCGAGUCAGGUGAUGGGCAACAGACGUUCAGGAGUCAUUGACAUUGGGGAUCUAUAUGCUGAUGAAGAGAGAGAUUUUCUUCUUCUAUUAGACGUUCCAGCAGGCAACCAUACUCAAUUGGUAAAGGUGAAAUGUUUGUUCAAAGACGCGUUGACAAAAGAAUCAUUGACAGUGGAAAGUGAGGAGGUCUCAAUUGAAAGGCCUGAAAGUUCUGCAGCUGCACAAGAGGAAGAAGGGUCCAUUGAGGUAGACAGGCAAAGAAACCGGCUCAAAGCUACAGAAGCAAUAUCCGAAGCAAGAACAGCUGCGGAGAAUGGAGACCUGGAUAAUGCUAUUUCAGUUCUUGAAAAUUGCCGUAAAAUGCUGUCAAGAACCAUUUCUGCAAAAAAGCAGGACCGGCUUUGUGUUGCUAUGGAUGCUGAACUAAAAGAGAUGCAAGAAAGGAUGGCAAGCAGACAUGUAUAUGAAGCUUCUGGAAGGGCAUAUGUUCUAUCUGGUUUAAGCUCACAUUCUUGGCAAAGAGCAACUGCAAGAGGCGAUUCAACCGAUAGUUCAAGCCUUAUUCAAUCGUACCAAACGCCCUCUAUGGUCGAAAUGCUUAAUCGAUCCCAGACAAUGCUUAAGAGAAGCCCAGGUGAAAGACUUAUUCGACCAAAACCAAGGUAAUUACUAAUUAGUGUAUUUUGUUAUUGUAGGGAGCUACAUGUUCGAUUUGUAGCUGAUCCAAAUUUUGUUUCAUUUGGGAUUAUGUGUACUUAUUAUGUUAAUUUAAGUGUAUAAAUAAAAGAAUAAAAUUUAGAAAAA